GAUCACACCCAAAUAAAAUCCCAAAUCGGGUAUUCAAUUUUUAAAAAUUUCUUACCAUUUCCAAGUUCCCACUGCCGCAUAAGACAAUACAUUAAUGCCCUUCACGCUUUUCCUCUGAAAUAUCAUCGGGGAAGAUUUCCGCGCGACCAAUCCGCUCCAUUCCGUGGCUUAACAGAGUUAUUGGGAACCCUUUAUGAUGAAAUUGUUGAAGAACAUAGCAGAUUGUGGGUUUGUUUAGUGAAAAAUGUCGUCUAGGUAUUGUGAUGGUAGAGGAGAGUCUGAUGGGGGUCGGCUUCUUGAGGAAAUUGAGGCAAUAAGUAAGGCUCUGUACUUACACAAGGGCCACACAAAUUCGAGUUUCGAUCUUCCUGAUCGACGGUUCGAAUCAAAUGAAGAAGAAUUAUUGGUGAAUGAAACUAGAAGGUCGUCGUCAUCAUCAUCUUCUUGGAACUGGAAGAAGUCUUUGAAAGCUCUUACUCAUAUUCGACAUCGAAAGUUCAAUUGUGUGUUUUUUCUGAAGGUUCAUUCCAUUGAAGGGUUACCCUCGAGUUUUAAUGGCUAUAGUUUACAUGUGCAUUGGAAAAGGAAGGAUGAGGUUUUGCAUACUCGCCCGUCUAAGGUUUUUCGAGGCGUGGCGGAAUUUGAUGAGACUUUGAUUCAUAAAACUUCGAUAUCUGGUGGGAGAAGUUUGGCUAACAACUCGGCGAAGUAUGAUCAAAAGCUUUACUUGAUCUAUGUUUCUAUGGUCGGAGCGCCACGGCUCGAGUUUGGGAAGCAUUGGAUUGACCUGACGAGGAUUUUGCCUCUUACAUUGGAGGAGCUUGAAGGGGAUAAAUGUUCUGGGAACUGGUCAACCAGCUUUCGACUUGCUGGCAAUGCGCGAGGUGCUACUCUAAAUGUCAGCUUUAGCUUUCUGGUAACUAAGGACGAUCCGAUGAAAUUGAGCGGUCCCGAAAACGUUGUCGAACUCUUGAAGUUAUUGCAUGAUAGGUCAAGGCUUUCUACCUAUGAUGCACCCUUUACUUCAAGUAAUUUAAAUAGGUUUCGGGUUGAUACGGGAAUUUUCGAUGAAGUAAACCCGAAAUUGGAGCUCUCAAAGUCGAUAAGCGUUUUGUAUAGUAAGAUGGAUGAGGUAGAUCAUUCAGGUUCUGAGUUUGCCAAGCAGUUUGAAGUAAAAACUAAUGAGGAACAAAAGUCUCCUGAAGUAAUUGGUGGAGAUAGUUAUGAGAGUUUUAAGUUUUCCAUUGUUGAAUGUGGAAUAGAAUUAGCUGUUCAGACUAUUGAGGGCUCGAAAAUUGAAACGGUUUCAUUGGACGAAGUCGUUGGAGAUGACAAAGUUGCUACCGAAUUUAAGUCGAGCAACACGUUGAAGGAUUCGGAGUGCGAUAUUCAUGUAGAUGACUCGAUAAGGGAUGAAUUCGAAUAUGAAGAGAGUAAGCUAAAACUAAAAGUAGAAGAAGUUUCUCCAGAAGAGUUGAGUUCAGAUUCUGAUCUCAAGAACUCUCCCUCGACCGUUGGUGAACUUCUCGAAGAGGAAAACGAUAUCGAUGCCGAGGAAGAUUGUACGAGAAGAUCUCUUAGCCUGGAUGAGUCUUACAAAUCCGUGGCUAGUGAUUUUCUAAAGCUGCUGGGGUUGGAGAAUGGUUCGGCGAGGUUUUCAGAUCCUGAUAUAUCGUCUCCCAGAGAGCGUUUAUUGAGGGAAUUCGAGGAGGAGUCCCUACUUUUUGGUAAUCCGUUAUUGGACUUUUCGGGUACAGAAGAGUGGCAGGAUAACGAAAACGUCGAUAUGCUGGAGUCUGCUUCUGGGGAUUUUGAUUUUUCUGUUCGUGUUGCUGAAGGACAGGAGGGGCAUCAGUCCUUGAGAAACAGAAGGAACGUCGAAAUUCUCGAAAACUUGGAGACCGAAGUUCUAAUGCGAGAAUGGGGCUUAGACGAGAGAGAUUUCGAGCAUUCUCCACAUUAUUGUUCGAGUGGAUUUGGGAGUCCUAUUGAGUUGCCCCCAGAAGACGAGCCACCUAAGUUACCUUCACUCGGAGAUGGGUUCGGAGCAUUCCUUAAGAUGAACGGCGGGUUUUUACGGCUCAUGAGUCCUUGGCUCUCUCAAAAGACUAGCAUUGGACAGAGCUUAGCCAUUCAAUGUUCUGAUCCUGUUGUUCUACCUAAUGAAAUGGGUCGUGAUAUCAUGGAGAUAUCACAAAAUCUAGCAAUGGCAGGAACCAAAAACCUUUCUAUACUCACAAAAAAGUUGAUGCCUUUGGAUGAUAUCACUGGGAAAACUCUCCACCAAAUGAUAUCCAGUUGGAACUCGUGUGGUUCGGUUUCAUGUUGUCGAAGGAACAACCCUGAAGGAUUGCCAUCGUAUCCGAACAAUAGUAGUCUUCGAUCUCUUCUCGAUUUCGAGAUGCACCAAGAACUCAUGUCACCUGAUGAUCUAGCUUUUCUAGCAAUGGACAAGAUUGAAACUCUCUUAAUAGAAGGAUUAAGAAUUCAAUCUGGCUUUACAGAUGACGAGACACCACGACGAAUCGGUGCUCGCCCGUUUCAUUGCGUGUCAGCCUGUGGACCGAGACGUCCCAAUCGGGAUGGUUCUUGUAGCUCUGAAGGAUUGAAGGAACUGCAGUUUAUCGAUCGCCCCGAAACAGCUAAUGAUGUUGUUGGGUUGAUGGAUCUUUGUAUAACAUUGAAGAACUGGUUAAAGCUUGAUGCUGGUAACAUUAAUGAUGAUGGUGAUCCAAAUGGUCAGCAUAUUAUGAAGACUCUUGUGGCUCAUGGUGCUAACUAUGCAGACAUAGUUGAAAGGCUAUCAGUUAACAAGUCCGGGGUAUCCAGCAAAGAGAUGGGCUUGUUUAAGAACAAGCUUGUGGUGGCUCUCAUGGUGCAACUUCGAGAUCACUUACGAGACUACGAACCGGUGGGCUGCCCAAUGAUGUGCAUAAUGGAGGUCGAGAGGUUCUUUAUCGACACAGCUCAUGACGCCGUCAGUGAAAUGAGCUGCGUCGACAAGGAGAACGAGACAUUGCAAGCACAAGGACACCAUGUUCAUGCAUUUAAACUCGAUGAUAUUCAUCUUUUGGGUGUAAAUUCUGAGCCUAAUAGGAUGCAAUUCUGGGGAACCACGACGCAGCAGCAAUCUGGGUCGCGUUGGCUGCUUUCAAGUGGAAUGGGUAGAAACUUCAAGCUCCCGAUAUCGAAGUCGAAAGCAAUCGUUACAUUUUCGUCAAAAGCUCCGACUGGCGAUAUCUUGUGGAGCAUUUCCUCUGAUAUACAUGGUGAGGGAAUGAUCUCUGCUUCAACAGCUUCGAGUUCAUAUAAAAGAAACUUCGAUGUCGUGAUCCCGAUCCGUAGUUGAUCGAUCGAUCGCUUGGCCUUGUAUUUUGAUGAGUUUCCCAUUACUAUUUCUUUUCAUUUUGUUUCACUGUAAAGGAAUUGAUCAAAGCAAAAGUUUUCAUGUCUUCAUAUCAUAAGGCUACUUUGUUAUAUAUUGGCUGAAUCCAGAGCCAUUUCUCUG